UCCAGCACGAGUGCAUCCCCCAGGCCAUCCUGGGCAUGGACGUGCUGUGCCAGGCCAAGUCCGGCAUGGGCAAGACGGCCGUGUUCGUGCUGGCCACGCUGCAGCAGCUGGAGCCCGUCACUGGCCAGGUCUGGGGGGUCUGGGGAUUUUGGGGUCCCCCCGUGCAGGUGGCGGUGUUUUUCGGGGGUCUCUCCAUCAAGAAGGACGAGGAGGUGCUGAAGAAGAACUGUCCCCACAUCGUGGUGGGGACCCCGGGCCGGAUCCUGGCGCUGGCGCGGAACAAGAGCCUCAACCUCAAACACAUCAAACAUUUCAUCCUGGACGAGUGCGACAAGAUGCUCGAGCAGCUCGACAUGCGCCGGGACGUGCAGGAGAUUUUCCGCAUGACGCCGCACGAGAAGCAGGUGAUGAUGUUCAGCGCCACCCUGAGCAAGGAGAUCCGGCCCGUCUGCCGCAAGUUCAUGCAGGACCCCAUGGAGAUCUUCGUGGAUGACGAGACCAAGCUGACGCUGCACGGGCUGCAGCAAUAUUACGUCAAGCUCAAGGACAACGAGAAGAACAGGAAACUCUUCGACCUGCUCGACGUGCUCGAGUUCAACCAGGUUGUGAUUUUCGUCAAGUCCGUGCAGCGCUGCAUCGCCCUGGCGCAGCUGCUGGUGGAGCAAAACUUCCCGGCCAUCGCCAUCCACCGCGGGAUGCCGCAGGAGGAGAGGCUGUCCCGGUACCAGCAGUUCAAGGACUUCCAGCGCCGGAUCCUGGUGGCCACCAACCUGUUCGGCCGCGGGAUGGACAUCGAGAGGGUCAACAUCGCCUUCAACUACGACAUGCCCGAGGACUCGGACACCUACCUGCACCGGGUGGCGCGGGCCGGGCGUUUCGGCACCAAGGGCUUGGCCAUCACCUUCGUGUCGGACGAGAACGACGCCAAAAUCCUCAACGACGUCCAGGAUCGCUUCGAGGUGAACAUCAGCGAGCUGCCCGACGAGAUCGACAUCUCCUCCUACAGUGAGCGCCGCCCGGGGGGCUCUGGGGGGUUUUGCCGGAUCGGCCUCGAGCGUGUGGGGGCGGGGCUUUGUGUGGGAGUGGCGCCCAUAAAAGGCGAGGUGGGCGUGGUCUGCGCUGAGGGGGCGGGGCUUUGUGUGUGA